CUCUUCCUCCUCCUUGUGUUCGCCCUCGUCCCUACAGCAGGCGUCAGGUUCUCAUAUUCUCGAAUUGGGUGCCUCUUUACCGAGUGAAUUUGAGCUCCCCGCUCCCUCACCCACGCCAGCUGAGAGAAACCUCUGAGAGAAUCUGCGGCAAUGGAGGCUGUGCAGCAGUCUGUGGCUAGUGCGAGGGCGGCCGUGGUGCCCGUUGCAUCUGUGAAUGGCGUGACUACCUCCCGAGUUGUGUCGCAGGUGAGGAUGAGCUUCGUCUCCGGAAGUGGGUCGACGCUCAGGGGAAACGCAUUGAUAGCUAAGGUGGCGAAGGCCACGUCCGUCCCAUCGUCGAGCUCCAGCAGGGGGGUUGUGGUGGCGUCGGCAGAGACUGCUGCUGGUGGGUACGCCGCGGCUUUGGCCGAUCUUUCCCAGUCCAACAACGACCUGGAGAAGAUCGCCAAGGACAUGGAGGGUCUGGGUGAGCUCCUGAACAACGACACCUUGUAUAAUUUCUUGGUGUCUCCCAUCAUUGACGGUGACAAGAAGAAGAGCAUUAUCAAGACCGUUGCUGAGGAUGCAGAAUUCAGCGCUGUCACCCUCUCCUUCCUCAACCUCCUGGUGGAUAAGAAGCGGAUUGAUAUCGUCAGGGAAGUCACCAAGGAAUUCGAGGCCAUCUACAACGAGCUCACGGAUACUCAGGUGGCUAAUGUUAUCUCGGCUGUCAAGAUCGAGAAGCCACAGCUUGCCCUCAUCGCCAAGAAGAUUCAGAGUUUGUGUGGCGCGAAGAAUGUGAGGAUCAAGAACGUUGUGGACCCUUCCCUGAUCGCUGGCUUCAUUGUGCAGUAUGGAAAGGACGGCUCCCGCUACAUUGACAUGAGUGUUAAGGGGCAAUUGGACAAGUUGGCUUCUCAGUUUGCUGCAGCUGAGCAGGUCGCCGCCUAAGGUCCCUAGGUCAGAUCUUUCUGCCUUCUCGUGAGGUUAGAACGAUUUAGGGCUUGUAAUCUGUUGACACUUCGUGAACAAUUGAGAAGGGAAUUGGAUCUUCUUGUUUUUUUCCUCUUUGAUGAUUGAGUGUGGAAGCAAUUUGCGGAGAGGAGUCCUUCUCUUGGGAUUGUAGACUAUGUAUAUCAUUUUAAAAUUCUUCAAUGAGCCAGUCCCCAAGUAAUUCUUACAA